AUGUCUCUCUCUGAAGUGCAAAAGCAAACUCAAAAUGUAAGCCAAGUUACUCCAGAAAAGGAGAACUGGAAUAUCAUUGUUAGGGUGAUAUGUUCAUGGUUCGUUCCAGAUUUCACUAAACAAAGGUGUCCUUUUUCCAUGAAGUUGGUUAUUCAAGACAAAGAGGGUUCUAAAAUACAUGCUUCCAUCAGACGUACUCUAAUUUACAAAUUCCAGACUGAAAUUUCUGAAGGUGAUGUUUAUGCCAUACAAAAUUUCAGUGUUGCUCCAAAUUCUGGAAUUUACAGAACUACGCACCACCCUUAUAAGAUUAAUUUCCAGUUUGGUACCAAAGUUAGUUUGCUUGAUGGUAACUUGGUUCCUGAUGUGAAACCACAAUACAUACCUUUGUCAUUAUUGACAACCACUGGAUUCGAUACUGAUUAUUUAGUUGAUGUAUUGGGAUUACUGGUCGGAGUGGGUACUGAAAGAGAAUUGCAAGUUGAUGGAAAGACAACAAAAUUAAAUGUCAUUGCAAUAGAAGCUGAUGGGUUUCGAAUAGAAUGUACUUUGUUUGGUAUUUAUGUCGAUGAACUGAAUGUAUUUCUUUCAAGUGGAGAAGUACAAAAUUGUGCUAUAAGUAUAGAAUUUGCGAAAGUCAAAACUUUUCAAGAUAAGGUUCAACUUCAAAAUUGCAAGUUCUGCACUAGGAUUAAGUACAAUGUUAACUUCAAGGAGGCAUCUGAACUUAAAUCAAGGAUGAUUGAGAACAAUGAAUCUCCCUCUCAAGGAUUAACGCAGCUGUCUCAGACUUCCAAAAAUACUGUGGAAGAAGACUUUUUAACUGUUACACCUAGGACAACUAUUCAAGGUCUUAAAGAUUGUAAAGAGGUUGCAACUUUCAUAUUGUUUGGAACCAUUAACCAUAUCUUGGAUGAGGAUGACUGGUGGUAUACGGCUUGUGUUUGCAACAAAGCUGUUUAUCCAGAUUCAAAGAUGUUCUUUUGCGAGAAGUGUAACAAGCAUGUUAUAAAAGUCUUUCCAAGAUAUAGGAUUAAGGUUCGAGUUAUUGACUCAUCCGAUUCCACCACAUUUGUUCUGUUUGAUAGGGAUGCAACCACCCUUUUCAAAAAAACCUGUGCUGAUAUGUUAGAGUCUCAUGAUAAGGAUGUUUAUGCUGGCAAUGGUGAGUUUAGCAGAGAAAAACAGCGUGUAGUCAAUGAGUCUACUGUUGAUAUUGCCGAGGAUUUAUUAGUCAGAUUUACCAAAGAAACAAUUGACUGUGCAUCCCAAUCUGCUGACUUAAUCAAAGAUACUGCUACGAAUGAGGAUGGUAACACUUCACUUAAGAGAGAAUCUGCAAAUAAGACCUUAUCACUUGAAUCCAUCGAAGAAGACACUUCCUACCAAAUGGAGAACAACUUCAACCAAGAACAAGUUGUUAAUAGAAUGAGUAGGUACCAGUUCUGUAUUAUCCACCUUGAGGAUGAGGUUGUUGGGUUUGUGGAUCGUGCAUUCGCCAUUCUUUAUGAUCACGAUCUUCAACGUCAAUGGACUUUAACAGAUGAAGAAGGCAAUAGACAUGUCGUCACUUAUAACAAGAAUUUACAGAAACCAAUGGUAAUAGGAGGAUGGAAUGAUUUAAGGGAAUUUUAUGAACUACACGAUAACCACAGUAUUUAUUUUGGAUAUGUUGGUCAUUCUUGCUUCCACAUCACUGUUUUUCCAAGUAAAUGCAAACCUUUAUCUAUUGGACGUUUUCUUAAAAGACUUCAAGCAGAUGAACCACUUUUCAAUGGACCGAAGUUGCAUUUUUGCAUAUUUCUGAAUCCAAACCAAUGCCAUGCUAGCCAUCUGGAUUUGCCUUCUGAUUUUGGCAAUUAUCUUCGUCAAGGAAGAUUUAAAUACAUUCUUCUUCAUGGACCUCGCGAAAUAGUCAAGUGCAAACUACUCUUGAGAAAUCAUCCAAAGAAGUCUAACAAAAUAGGAAGUGGGUGGAAGGAAUUUUGUACUGCUCAUGGAUUUGAUCAACCUAUUGACUUGGUGUUUGAAGUUGAUCAGAUGAAAAGCAAUCAGAAUGUCAAAGUGCUUACAUAUUGUAAUCUUUAA